AUGGCCUGCAAUCAGAUAAAUACCAAGACUGGCAAACUCACUGACCCCGACAAGGACUACUCUGUGUCGGAGUGGCGCCCGCCUGACAACAUGUUAUCUCAAAAAUUGGGAUUUGGCCCCGACGGACUCGAAGAAUUUUGGAAAGGCAAUGCCGGGGACCUCUUGCGCCUCGUUUGGGAGUCGACUGAGGCCCAAGAGGCAGGAGCAGUUCGGAUCAGUUCCUACAACUGCGGCAACCGGACUCCGCAACCCGUGGCCGAUGAGAACGGCUCCACCGCCGUUUCUUACUGCAAGGAGGGCCAGCUGCAACGCCAGGACAGGUGCGACUGCCCAGGCGCCGCGGCUCGCUGCAGCAAGGACGCCCCGGACGGGCAACUAUUUUGUUUCAAACGGGACGACAACUGGGCAGGCUGCCUUAACUACUGGGACUGCUUGGAGUUCGAUUAUACCUCGUACACGUACACCGGGCGCAAAAUUACGUAUCCCUUGAACGACGGAGUCUACUGGGAUUGCAGUAAGCUGUCUGGGGCCAGCUCCUCCUUCCUGCAGCGCGACGAUGCCGGGCUACCUGCCCCCGGACCGACGCCGGACCAAAACGACGGUCGUGAGCAAAAAACCGACGCUCGCGAUGAAAAUGAUGGCGCCAGCACCAGUACAUCUACGCAGCAGGAGGAGCUGGUGGACACGAAGAAUCACAAAGCUGUGCUGCUUGUGUGAAGAGCUGAAUACCUUCACACCACAGGGAGUUGUCGCUCCCUGUGGGGUAGACUUUCAUGUGCUUCUAGGCCGAUCCCGAGCCUUUGUGCAAAACAGUUUUUAUGAGCCUUCAAGACCAAGAGCGAGACCCGAACUGUUUAUAGUUUUGAAAGCAGAUUUAUCCUUGAGCAAAAAAAUGCCUGCGCAUUAUUAAAUCGCAAAAGAAAACCGCAUGACAGUACGCAUCUGCAGCACGUCUUCGAAUAAUUAUUCGAUGUCAAAACCACUACAAAUCCUUCCUUAUUAAAGUAUGAAUGAGAAUGUCAAUGUUUCGAUUUCAAAGCAUUCAUCCGAUCCACGAACAAGACCAAUAUACAGUACGAAAUCCGAUCGAAUCUAUUAAAAGCACUGUAAAUCCAAUACACAAAAAUCUCGAGUACAACUACAAGUACGAAUAAAACCACAAUCCGCAUGUUAUUUCGUCGAGUGGAAGUUUCACAUUUUCUUUUUCGUUACGCGCCGCCCACCCGACACCGACAGACUGCGACUGCGCUACAGAAAAGAAGCAAGAGCAAUAUCUUCAAUCCCCCUCGAAAAUCAAUCCGACCCCCCGCCUAGUAUGCUUGACUUUGACAACUACUUGAAAAACAAAAAGCCAAAGCACUACCCGACUGCGCGAAAAAAGUGGCAGCCCCACACCGAGAAAAACGCGAGACAACACUGGGAAAGUUAAGGACGCG